AUGGCAAAAAAAUGUGGAAAAAAUCCUUGGGAAAAAAAAGGGAAAAUCCUGGGAAAAUCGUGGGAAAAAAAUGGAAAAAAAUGGGAAAAAUCCUGGGAACAAACGGGCAAACCAAGGGAAAGCAAGAGGCGCCCGGUGAAGGUUUAUCCCAACGGGGCCAACGAGGAGGAGGAGGAGGAGGAGGAGGAGAAUUCCCGGGUUUGGGAGUUGCGGAGGGAUGAACCCCCCGAGGAGGAGGAGGAGGAGGAGGAGGAUGAGGAGGAGGAAGAGGAGCCGGGGUUGCCGUGGGGGUCCCGGCAGCAGAAGCGCUAUGGGGGGUUCAUGGGCUCCGAGGGGGCGCGGCCGCCGCUGCUGACGCUCUUCAGGAACGCCAUCGGCAGGGGCCUGCCCAAGGGGGGCAGAGGAGGAGGAGGAGGAGGAGAAUUCCCGGGUGUGGAGUUGCGGAGGGAUGAACCCCCCGAGGAGGAGGAGGAGGAUGAGGAGGAUGAGGAGGAGGAAGAGGAGCCGGGGUUGCCGUGGGGGUCCCGGCAGCAGAAGCGCUAUGGGGGGUUCAUGGGCUCCGAGGGGGCGCGGCCGCCGCUGCUGACGCUCUUCAGGAACGCCAUCGGCAGGGGCCUGCCCAAGGGCGGGCACUGA